CAAAUCAACAAUCAGUGUAUGGAAAACGAGAAGACAACUUUAAAGGGACACGCGGCUUCGAGCCCAAAAGAAGAGGAUGACUCUGUCUUCAUCCAGAUUGCGACCUCGAAGAAAUAAAAUCCUACGGAUCAAUUUCUUGAACACAUGAAGUUACGCAACAAACUUUAUUUGUCUGGAAUAAGUGUUUAAUCCAUAUUGGCCCACCAUGCACACUUUAUACCUAGCACGAAUUGACAAGCCCCAUUUUUUGCUACUUUUGUUUUGCUCCCAAGUUCUAUUUAUGUUGCUGUUGUACCGGAGGGGUGCCUCAAGCCUGCUGCAAGGAAUAUUUGGGGGUUCGUCCAUGAUAUGGGACUACUCGAAGUCACACGAUGUGUACACCAACCUCAGCUUCUUUACUCCGGACCCAGAGGCCGUGAAGACUCAGUAUUGCCCUGUAAAGUCUCCAAUACUUGUUGGCCCUUUAACAAUUGUCUACAGCAAACCCCCAAGUUUAAAAAAGAUUCAAAUGAAGAAUCCCUAUGUGACUCAUGGGGGAUACUUUAGUCCAAGACACUGUUUCGGGCGCUACAGAACCGCAGUUAUCAUCCCGCAUCGAAACCGAGAGGUACAUCUCCGAUACUUGCUAUAUUAUCUGCAUCCUUUCCUGCAGCGACAGCAACUACACUAUGCAAUCUUCGUGGUGCAUCAGACUGGAAAUGGCACGUUCAAUCGAGCCAAACUUUUAAACAUUGGUGUGAGAGAGGCCCUACAACUCGAUGAUUGGGACUGUCUCAUCUUACAUGACGUGGAUCUAGUGCCAGAAAAUGAUUACAACCUCUACGUCUGUGAUGAAUAUUCACCAAAACAUUUGGCUAGUGCAAUGGACAAGUUUCACUACAACUUACCUUACUGGACGUACUUUGGUGGUGUUUCUGCAAUAACUCCUGAUCAAUACAUGCGGAUUAAUGGAUUUCCAAAUUCAUACUGGGGGUGGGGCGGAGAGGAUGACGAUAUCGCCAUUAGGGUCCGUUUAUCAGGAAUGAGUAUCUCUCGAACGCCACUAAGUGUGGGUCGUUAUAAGAUGGUGAUGCAUAGCCGUGACAUUGGAAAUGAGGAGAAUCUAAAAAGACACAAUCUCUUGAGCAACACAAGAAGAACAUGGAGAGAGGACGGAAUGAACUCACUGGUCUUCAGUAUGCUAUCCCGAGAAGAAACUCCCCUUUAUACGAACAUCACUGUUGAUAUUGGAAAUCCACCCACAACAACCGCUAAACCAAACAAAUGGAAACUGUUUUAAGUUGGCCUUUGAAAGAUAUGACUUUCCCACAUGUCUUCCAACUGCCUCCUUGUGAAGCUCAGGUUGGUGGAGAGCCAGAUUGGUUGAAAUCGUUAUCGGGACCACAACCUAAGCCAUCCAAGAAUGGUCUGCAACAUAGGUGGUUAACCUUGGUUUUCAUCUGUUAUUGGUCUGCAUUUACCAUAAUAGUGGGUAAUAUAGACCAACAAUGGCUGGAAGGCCAAACGUGGACUACCACGUUUAUUCAGAAACAAAGACUAAAUAGUUCUGUAUCACUAGAGGGUGAUUUAACUCUCCUGUUGUUAUAAGGGGAAUAAAGUGAAAACUUGUCACAGCCAUAUUAAAUGGGGGUACAAUGAAUAUUAAGGAACCAAUUUAAAGUUAAAGGAUACUACCAAGAACAGUAUGUUAUCUUCUUUUAAGCACAGUUUAAGGUUGAUCUCAACAUUCAUAAACAAUGUUACAUAUUGUUUUUCUUUAGUUUGGUCAUUGUGCUGAAAUAUCUGGUUGUGUUGCUGUACCAAAUAAAUUAAUAUCUUGUGUAAAAUUAAGGAAAGUCAAACCAUAAAGAAGUCUCCAUCCAUGGUUUGUAACAGA